AUGCAGACGAUAUACUCUCGGAUCACCAUUCUAGAGUUCGCGGAGAAUCAGGCGGAAAAUGCGUCGGAGGGGAGGGCGCAGGGGGAGGAGGUGGGAGGUGGGGGAGGGAAGGACGACGCAGACGAUCCUUCAUUGGUGCUAGCCGGAUCGCGGGUCAUGCUAUUGGACGACUCGAACAACGUGUCGAGUCUUUACAACAAGAGAACCAUCUGGACGCGAUCCUACUGGGACAACCUGGCGUCGCUGGCCCCGUUAUUGUCACACGAGCUCGACUCUGGCGAGAACGCGCCCUUACCCGGGCCAGUGGCGUUGCUGGGGCUGGCAGGGGGCUCCGUGGCUCGCAUUAUCAGAACACAGUGGCCGGAGGUUGGCGUGCAGGCGUGGGAGAUUGACCUAGUGGUGGUGGAUCUUGCUCGUCGCUUCUUCUCCCUCACCUCUUUGGAGAAACCCUCAACUCAAGGGGGCUACCUGCAUGUGACUGUAGGCAAUGCUCUUGUAGCGGUUCCUGUCCCUUUACAGGGCACCAGUUCCUCUACUGAAGGCGUCACUGUUGACGCUACUACAGUUAGCACUGUAGAUGAUGCUACAGCAGGUGGUGCUACAGCUGGACAGCAGCGGUUCAGUGGCAUCAUAGUGGAUCUCUUCUCAGGUGGUGCCGCCCUCCCUCAGCUAGAAGACGAAGCCACCUGGCGGCACCUGAAGAACCACCUGAGCCCUGAAGGAAGGGUGCUGAUCAACUGUGGGGGGCCUAGCAACAGCUUCGGCGAAUACUUGAAGAGCUUCGAGCAAAUCCAGUCUGCCGAACUAGAAGUAACGGAGGGAGAUCGAACGGCAGCAAUAGCAGCAGCAGCCAGGAGUGAUCCUGGUAUGAGGCGAUGUGCCGAGGUGAUCGAGGCAAUGCGGAAAAUUUUUGACGGGCAGGUGCUGCUUUACUGCACUACUGGGUCGGAUCGAAACAUUUUCGCACUGACUGGUCCGCACCCCGAUUUUGAUGCCUGGGAGGAGAAGCUGCCCGAGCAGAUCAAGGCGGCAGCUAGAGGCUGGAGCUCAAAUGAAGAUGUGUACAGUUUAUUUGCCUCAAAACUAGUUUAG